AUGGAAUCCAUUAACAAUGUAGUCAAUGAGGGAACCUCCAUUGCAACCAAUAUUCUUCCUGAUAAGUUCAGAGCUUCUUUGCAUUUGGAGGAUCCCACUAUUGAAUGGAGGUAUGGGAAGCCUCCCUCUUAUGAAAUUGUUGAUCACCUCUUUGAAGAGGGAAGAACCAAGGUGUGGCCGAAAGGAUCUCUGGAAGAAACAGUGCAAAAUGCUGUGAAAUCAUGGCAAGUGGAGAUUAACAACAAGACUAGAUUACAGGAUUUCAAGACCAUAAACCCUCAGAAAUUCACGCUUUAUGUCAAUGGAAGAGAGGGGCUGUCUGGAGAAGAAACACCGAGGAUUGGGCCCUUCAAUGCAUUGCUGAAGAGUUCUCUACCAAAAGAGUUUCAAUAUUUCAAUACAGAGAAAGAGACAUUUGAAUCUUCUCAUGAAGAAUUUAAGGCUUGUUUUCCAAGAGGGUUUGCAUGGGAAGUUACAGAAGUUUAUUCAGCUCCUCCUUUGAUUGCCUUCAAAUUUAGGCAUUGGGGUUUCUUUGAAGGACCUUACAAAGACCAUUCCCCCACUGGUGAAUUGAUUCAAUUCUUUGGUAUGAUGACUCUCAAGGUAGAUUCAUGGAUGGGGGUUGAAGAAGUUCAUGUCUACUAUGAUCCAGGAGAGCUAUUUGGAGCACUUUUAAAGGGCAAAAAAACCCCAAAAAAUGACAAUCAUUCAGCUGCUUCGGAUGCCUCUGCCUGCCCAUUCUCCAAGCUCAAAAACUAG